UACCAGAAACUUGUGCAGCUAUUUUUGAUGUUCUAAAGGAAGAUUUCUUAAAGUUUCCUUGCAAUGAAUCGGACUGGAUGAACAUAGCUGUGGACUUCAAAAAGUACUGGCAAGUUGAAAACUGUGUCGGCGCUAUAGACGGAAAACACAUAGCGAUUCGUCAACCUCCGAAAAGUGGGUCAUACUACUACAACUACAAAGGGUUCCACAGCAUUGUUCUUUUUGCUGUGGUCAAUGCUAAUUAUGAAUUCAUCUAUGUAAAUUGUGGUACUAAUGGAAGAGUAUCCGAUGGUGGCGUACUUAUGGAAACUGAUUUUGGAGAGUUGCUGGAAAAUAAAAAAAAAGGAAUUGCACUUGCCGUCACCAACAAAGCUUCGAUGACAGGAGAGACGUUUGCCUCCCUUUUACAUUCCUUGGAGAUGAAGCUUUUCCUCUGA